AUGGGGCCCUUCCUCUCUGCACUCCGGUCCACUGCAUCCGGCAGCGUCGGCGCGCCGGGCGAGGUGCGGUCCGCGAACGAUGGUGCUUUUAUUAGGGUCCUGUUCCUUCAGUUGCCUACAGCAGUCAUCGCCAGCUCUUUGCACGCCUUUGAUUCGUCCUCGGACGAAUUGUCUCUCGUUACCCGUCCGUCACGCUGCCCUGGCACUACCAGCAGCAGCAACAGCAACAGCACCGCACGCUGCCGGAAGCUCUGCCCCGCGACCGCGCCCGCCAUGAUGCCGUCAAGGUCUGAAUCGGCCUCGCCUCUCGACAGACAGCAGCAGCCUGGCGGGCCGUUGCGGCGUCUCCUACCCGCGAAUGCUACGGCCAUUGAAACCGACAGGUCGCGCGAACAAUCAACAUCCCGCACUUCCCCGACCGCCGCUUCAAGUUCUGGCGCCGCCUCGCCUGUGGUCCCCGCUCGGAGGAAGAGAGGCCAGGCAACCACGGCAGCGUGCGGUGCGUGCAGGAAACGCAAAUCCAAGUGCGAUGGCGACCGGCCGAACCAAAAGUCGGCGUUCGAACAGGUCUAUGAUGUGUUGCAGGCGAGAUCCGAGCAGGAGGCCACCGAGGUGUUCCGACGGAUUCGCAGCGGCAGCGAUGCUGGCUCCAUCCUCCGCCAUGUCAACUAUGGGGACAUGCUCGUUCAACUAGCCUUGGUUCCGGAGGCCCGGUUCCGCUACGAAUUUCCCUAUCUCCCCGAUAUGCCCCCCUUUUUGCGAAAUAUGGACAAUCCGUACCUGGACUCGGACGUCUACGGAUAUGCUCUCCGCCAGUGCCCGAACUCGUCGUACCAAACCGGCCACCAACGCCCUCAGCAACGACUCUUGGCCGGUACGGCAAACGGUACUGACUCCGUUUACGGCGCCGGGCAACUAGAUCCGUAUGAGAAGCCCUACCUAUCUGCGACCGUCGUUCACCCCUGGCUAGACUCGGUGAAGCCGUCGAAAUGGACCACCGUCAGCAACGACGAUGGCUUGCUUCGGAAGAUUCUGCACGACUACUUCCUCUUCGACUACGACUGGUUUACAUUUUUCCACAAGGACUAUUUCCUGGAGGAUAUGGGCACCGAGAACACACGUUUCUGCUCCUCGCUUUUGGUCAAUGCUGUAUUGUGCAUGGGAUGCGGACGCGCAGAGUUCUGGAACCCAAAAAACAUCGGUUACCAAUUUCUCGCCGAAGCCAAGAGGCUUUUUGAGGUUGAAUCGGAGCUGGAAAGGCCGUUCAGGAACCCCGCUGAUCCAACCUGGGAACGCAGAGACAUGGAGUGGGAGCAGGCUAGGCUUACCACAAUACAAGCUGCGCUGAUGUUGACCCUCAUCUACAACCUCAAUGGCACCGAUAAACUCGGCUGGCGCUUUACCCUAAAGGCUAUAGAGAUGGCCGACGAGAUCCAACUCCUGGGUCUCCCACUUGAACACCACACACCCGAGAUGCAGCGUAUGAGGACAUACACUGCAUGGGGCCUGUUCUGCUGGCAAAGCCUCGGCAGCUACCAUUACUUGCAGCCACCUCCGAUCAGUAAACCACCAGCAACACUUCUUCCCGAUCCUUUGAAAUGCCCGGAGUGGUAUGGUGAGCUCUGGGUGAGGUAUCCUCUCAGCCAGUCACGGUUACCAACGUUCCACGGGCUCCUUUUCAAGGCUAUCGCCGAUUUUUGGACCAUCAUAAUCGAGGUCGCAACCCUCACCUUCUCGCGGCGUGGCCCGCCCACCAAGUUAUCGGUCGAUCAAAUCUUCCACUUCUACUACCGGCUUCGGGCAUGGCAGAAUAAUCUCCCAGAGCCUCUCACUCCUAAGAAAAUCGUACUGCCACACCAGCUGAAGCUGCACAUGUACUACAACCACAUACUUAUCGACCUCGUCUCGCCCAUUCUGGACUAUACCGGAAGCCCCGGGAUACCGCUGGCCCACACGCCGCGUGACAUCUACAACGAGGCCGUAAACCAUUUUGAGACGGUCGUGCGUCUCUACUACUUACGCCAUGGGUUCGAGGCCACCGACAGCUUCCUCCUCCACUUCCUCGGUUUCCUCAAUCACAUCACCAUGAACGCGAUCGAGACGAGCGCUGGAUCUUCCUUCCUGGAAGCCCGCCGGUCGACUAUGUUACUUCUCACCAAAGGAAUAUACGACCAAAGCCGGGUGCACUACGUCGCGGCGGCGGUCCUUCGCCUCCAGAUAGGCCUAAUGCGGCCCGAAGAUGUUGACCUUCUCAAGCGGUUCGUCGACAUAGAGGCAGACCAGCUAAUAUACGGACCCUUGAAACAAGCGGUCCACACCUCCUGGCCGGCGUAUGCGAUCGGCUACGAGACCAAGGCCGAGCAACUGAUGCAGGGGCAAACGCUAGCAACCUGCCUCGAGAAGAUUACACUGGAGUCGAGCAAGUCUCCUUCCCCAGAACGUUGUUCCCCGGCCGAUGGACGGAAGGUUCGAUGA